AUGACUUCUGAACUGCAACAAUUAAUUGUGGAGCAAAGGGCUAUGCUCACAAAUAUCGAGAAAGUUCUGCGAAACACAAAGAAGGAUAGUGCUUCAAGGAAAACGGAGGUGUAUAUACGUACGCGAUUAGAAUCAGUCGCUCAAUUACACCUUGAAUUUCGGCAGAAUCAUCGCACUCUAAUGCGUGCCAGUGACACUGAUGAAGUUAACGAAGGUUACGUAACUCCUGAAAUUGGCGAAAAAUUUGAGGAAGUAUACAUCGAUUUGGUAUCACUAUUGCGGAGUGACUUGCCCACACCAUCUACGACACCACCGGCAAUACAAGAAGAUAGUCGCAGUGUCAACUCUCUAUUCGAACGUAGCACGGAUGAGCUAAAGUUGCCUACAGUUAAAUUGCCAGUCUUCAGUGGUAAGUUCACUGACUGGCCAGCAUUCAAAGAAGUAUUCGAGGAACAUAUUCACAAAUACGCCCGCUUUAGUAAUCUUUAUCGCUUCUAUUACCUAAAGGAUUCCUUGAGCGAGGAAGCAGCUCGAGAUAUCCAACACCUAUCCAUUACAGAAGCAAAUUAUCCCGUAGCCUGGCAGAUGCUUAUCAACAUAUACGAUAACAAACGAGUGUUAUUCGUACACUACAUGGACAUGUUUGAACAACAACCUUCCGUGGCCCAUGACGACCCUGCGGCAUUAAAGCAAUUCAUACAAACUUGUCGGUCAUGCGUAAACUCAAUUGAUCAUCUUGGAGUAGAUCUCAAACAGAAUCAAAUCUUGGUAUAUCUAAUGGCUCGCAAGCUUUCGAAUAAUGCAAGGUUAGAAUGGGAAAAGUCCUUGUCUAUCACACAAAAUAUUCCAACUUUUGAGCAGUUCUGUGCAUACUUGGAUGCACAAUAUCGCACAAUGAUCACGGCAUCUACUAACGCGGCAUCAGCAUCGCAUCAACGGAUUACUUCGACCCGGGACUCUUCUACAAGAUCAAAGAGGGAAGUGAAAACUUCCUUUAGUACCGGUGCUAAGCAUAUGUGCGUUAUCUGCAAAACUGGAAACCAUCCCAUACGUGAAUGCUCGACAUUUCUCAACAUGCAAAUGGCCGAUCGCAAGUCGGCGAUAGGGAAACAUAAACUUUGUUUUAAUUGCUUAGGAUACAACCAUAUAGUCUCAAGGUGUCCAAGUCGACACCUAUGCAAUCAUUGUGGAGGGCACCAUCAUACUCUCAUACAUGUGGACCGACCUGCGACAGCCGCUAACAGUACACCAGUACAGCGCGACAGCAACACUCCACAAAUCACCAACACUUCGGCUGAUGUUACCGAGAAAUCCACAUUGACUUCGUAUGCAUCAAAUUGUGAAGUCUUACUCCCUACAGCUGUCGUAAGCGUGCAAGCAAAAGAUGGAGCGGUAUUAGAUUUCCGUGUGUUUCUAGAUCAAGGGUCGCAAGUAUCGUUCAUAACAGAGAGGGCAUCUCAAAUGCUGCGGCUGCGUCGAAAGGAGGUGCAUGUUCGCAUCAACGGUCUGGCAAACAUGAAAAUCACCGAAGCUUCGUCUUCUGUGAACUUUAAAUUUCAUUCUAAAUACAAUAUCCAAAAUUCCUUUGAGGUCAACGCAUACGUAUUGCCACAUGUUGGAUCCAGAAUGCCGGAACGUCGUUUAUUAACCGAUCAAUGGGAGCAUCUUAAGGGUUUACAACUGGCAGAUCCCACGUACUACAUUCCUCAAUCUGUCGAUCUAUUGCUCGGUAGUGACAUCUAUGAUGAACUGAUGUUGGAUGACAUUCGUCGUGGUCCAAAGGGUGCUCCUUUGGCUCAAAGUACCGCCUUGGGAUUCAUUAUUUCAGGAAAGGUCGGUGAGGGUGACCAGUCAAAGUUAACUCAGAAUAUUUCAGUUGCUUCUGAUGAAACAUUCGAGGAGUUGGAAUCAUUAUUACACAAAUUUUGGGAGCUGGAAGACAUAACCACCUCAAAACCUGUCCUUUCAGAUUCUGAGAAAUGGUGCGAGGAAUUCUUCAAAUCUUCACAUCGUCGUUUGGAUACUGGUAAAUAUCUGGUAAGAUUACCGUUAUUGUCUCAUUUAGAUCCCAAAUUAGUCGUUGGAUCUUCAUACGAGCCAGCCCUCAAAAGACUAAACCAACUACAAAGGCGGUUAUCCGCAAAUCCUAAUCUUAAAUCUGUGUACAGUUUAACGAUUCGUGAAUACCUAGAGUUGGGUCAGAUGAAAAAACUAACCAACAUUGAUUGUGCGCAAUCGCAUGCUACAAAUAGGGGUGUACCGUAUUGUUAUCUUUCACAUCAUCCGGUAAUGAAAGAAUCCUCAACCACCACGAAGGUACGUGUGGUCUUCGACGGAUCCAUGCAAACUAGCAAUGGAAAAUCUUUAAAUGAAAUACUGGCUGUGGGUCCCAAAUUACAUACAGAUUUGACGGCAAUACUAAUCAAUUGGCGGUUUCUUAAAUACGUAUUUUUAACUGAUGUGGAAAAAAUGUAUAGGUGCAUUGAUGUCGCUCCAGAAGAUGCACAUUUUCAACGCAUAUUGUGGUAUAAUGAUCUUACUGGUCAAUUGGAGCAUUAUAUGUGCACGACGGUCAUGUUCGGAACAAGAUCGGCGCCUUUUACAGCAAUUCGAACAAUGCAGCAAUUAGCAUCUGAUGAGGCAGCAACUUAUCCACUAGCUGUAAAGGUUAUUAAACAGCAAAUGUAUGUCGAUGACAUAUUGUCCGGAGCAGAGUCGAAGGAAACGGCAGUGGAGAUUCAAAAUCAGGUAAUCGGAAUGUUAAAUAGCGGUACGUUCCAAUUACGCAAAUGGGCCAGCAACUGUCCCGAGUUACUGGAAAAUAUACCUAUGGAGCAUCGCGAAUUGAAACAGUUGUCACAAUUAACCUCCGAUGAAACCAUUAAAGCCUUGGGAAUAUAUUGGAAUCCUGUCGAGGAUGAGUUUCGAUUUAAAAUAAAUUUCAAGGCGCCUACAGGUGAUCCAACAAAGAGGAAGGUGUUAUCGACCAUUGCGCGACUUUUCGACCCAAUGGGCUGGUUAGCUCCAGUGCUCAUAUCAGCAAAGAUUUUCAUGCAGCGUUUAUGGCGAGCACAUAUAGGCUGGGACCAAACUUUACCCAGUAAUCUAGCGCGUAUUUGGACUGAGUUUGUGGAUAAUCUUGAACGGAUAUCAGAUAUACGAAUUUCUCGUUUCAUUAUGUGCAACGCUGGUGCUAAUACACAGUUACACAUAUUUUGCGAUGCAUCGUCAUCGGCUUAUGGAGCAGCUGCGUAUCUUCGUACUCAGCGAGACGAAACAAAUUAUCAAGUUCAGCUACUUUUAGCCAGAUGCAAGGUUUUACCUAUGAAACCACAACUAACAAUUCCAAGAGCGGAAUUAUGUGCUGCUGUGUUAGCCGUGAAAAUAUUCAGGCGAUUUGUGCGAAAUUGUAGUGUAACUGCUUUGAUGCGUGUCUACACCCCUCUUUCCGUCAUUGACCUACAAAAAAGUUUGGUGUGCAUCCUUCGCAUAGUGCAAAGAGAAAGCUUUGCAUCCGAAUUUAAGGCAUUGUCUUCAGGCAAACCAAUACCGAAGGAUAGCAUUUUACUUUCGUUGAAUCCCUGUUUCGACGAACAGGAACGAGUCAUCCGACUUGGCGGUCGGCUUAGCCAUGCUCUGCUUUCACCCAAUGAACGUCAUCCGUACCUCCUACCAUCCAAGG